AUGGGCAUGGAAAAGCAUUACAGGGAUGAGGAACUUUCGGAGUACCUCUACCCUCCAGACAUAUUACAAAAAUUAAAUUUUAGCAAGAGCCCUGCUACAUUUAAGCCCAAGAUAAGUGCAGCUAAUCCAGGCGAGGAUUGGAUGGUGGUUAGACCACUCCAGCGGUCAGAUUAUGAAAAAGGGUUUUUACAAUUGCUCAGCCAACUCACAAGCACCGGGAAUAUAUCAAAAAAACAAUUUGAUGAACGAUUUACGCAAAUGAAAAUGGCUGGGGGAUACUAUGUCACUGUUAUAGAGGACAAGAGACUUUCAAAAAUUAUUGCUGCGGCAACACUAACAGUUGAACAGAAGUUUAUUCACAAUUGUUCCUUGAGAGGUCGCCUGGAAGAUGUGGUUGUGAACGACACCUACCGAGGAAAACAACUGGGAAAACUAAUUGUAGUGACGGUGUCUCUACUAGCGCAUCAGCUGGGCUGCUACAAAAUGUCCUUGGACUGUAAGGACAAGCUUAUUAAGUUUUAUGAAAGUCUCGGAUAUGCGCUUGAAGCUGGCAACUCUAAUGCUAUGAAUAUGCGGUUUGAAGAGCCAUCCUGA